AUGUCAUUAGAUACAAUUAAUAAAAUGGAACCCAAUGGAUCUACUGCACUUCAUGCAGCUGCAUGUUAUGGACAUGAGAAAGUUGUAGAGUUAUUACUACAGAAAGGUGCAUCUUGUACAACGUUAAAUAAAUAUAAUUCUACUCCAUUGGAUGAAGCAAAAACUGAUAGAAUAAAGCAAAUGAUUCAUCGUCGUAUGAAUAAGAGUCGUUUUGUUAGUGAAUCUAUCGAAUGGAUUUUUCCGACAGACAAAGCAGAUUUUCAAGCACAUCAAUAUUGGAAAAUUAUGGAAAAAUAUGGACAAGAUCCCCAAUUUUAUAAAUUGAUUGAUUAUAUAAAGAAAAAUUAUCUUGAAAAAGAUUUACAACAUACUGAAGAUAUCGAUACAGUCAGACAAUAUUUUGAUAUGGCAAUCAAUGAAAAAGAUCCUGUUUAUUUAUUAAAAGCAUAUACAGCUGAAACUGGUUUUUAUUCCACACUCAACAUUCAUCUAGCACAAUUGCAUCUAGAAAAUUUAACUAAUGAUGAAAAUCUUAGUCAAGCAUAUUAUAUCGGAAUAAUUGCUCGCCAUCCUAAAUUCAACACAUUGUGGUAUAAGGGAACAGUAUUUCGUGGUAUGAUGAUAACUAAUAAUGAUUUAUGCCAAUACCAGAUAGGGACAAAAAUUCUAAAUAAAACAUUUUCCUCAUCAUCAAAACAAUUGAAUAUAGCAUCAACGUUUCUUUGUGACAAUCCUCAUAAAGAUGAUCGGUUAAGUACAAUAUGUAUUUAUGAGAUACGCUAUGAAAGAACUGCAUUAGAUAUUCAAGAUAUGUCAAUAUUUCAAGACGAAGAAGAAGUUUUAAUAUUACCCUACAUAGCAUUUAAAAUUAUUGAUAUUCAAAUCAAUGAAGACAAAUCACCUCAAGUUAAAAUAAAACUGAAAGAAUGUGAACCAUGGUAA